AUGAGCUCCUCGAACCACCCUGCUCUGUCCGGCAACGCGGACGCCACCAAGAAGCCUCACUCAUCCUUGGGAGACAAGGUCUUUGGGCGGGACCAAAACCCUGACGACGUAAACUGGGAAGCCGAAGGUGCCUCGUUCGGUAAUGGUGUUCACGGAGGUGGUAUGGUGGGCGGCACUGUGGCUGAGAUCCAUAGCCAUCAGGACCAAGCGCACCACCGCGUUGAAGAACACCACCACCACCAUACCAAGAUUGGCGAGAAAAUCGACAAGAUUCUCCAUCAUCACGACCACGGCGACCACAAACACAAGAGCGAAGUGAAGGAACCCGAGCCCACCAUUCCCCAGAUGGGGCCGGUGUACCAAGCGCAAAUGAACAAUCUUAGAUGA